UACACAAAAGAAAAAUAAGAUAUACGCAUAUAAAAACUUGGGACGUACGAUGAGUAAAUAAAAAAGGGUCAUUGACCCUUUCGAACGUAUUAUUUACGAGACUGUACCUUUUUAUAAUUGUUUAUUAUAUCGGACGACUUAAGGCCGAGUUAAAGCUAUUAAAAUGAGAGUUAAAAAGGUACCAUUGCCAUUGUGCGCAAUGGAAAUAUGUGACGAAUAUCAGGAUGAUGACAACCCAAUCGAUAAUUUUGUAGUAGAUUGUAAAUCACCAAAGGAAAACCAAGAAUCUAUUUUCAAUAAACAAGAUAGAUCUAUAAGAAAUGAAAAAUUUUCGGAAAGGAUGGAUCAAGGAUCUAUAUGCGCAGCAAGUAAUCAAGGAUCGAGUUAUGAUCGAAGGAUCGAGCCGAUGGAAAAUCAAGAAUUUCCAACUAUCAUAAAUCAAAGAUUUAUGCCGAUCUAUGAUCAUCCAAGAGUUCCAAUUAAAUUACCAAUUAUGGGAAAUCAAGGAUCGAAACAAAACGAACAUCAUAGAUUCCCAUCAAAUCAAAGAUCAACGACGACUGGAACUCACGAAUUUCCAUCUGAUCAAAGAUCUAUUAUACCGAUUGAAAACGAAGGAUCUACGUCGAAUGAAAACGAAGGAUCUACGUCGAGUGAAAAUGAAAGAUCUACACUGAGAGCUAAGGAAGGAUCCGCGAGGACUCGAAAUCGAAAUUUUGCGAUAAUUAGAGAUAAAGAAUCGUCGAGAAAUUAUGUAUCAUUGGAGAUUGGAAAUCGAAGAUCUAUGCAUAGUGAAAAUGAAGAAUGUAUCUUGCGUAAAAAGCAAGAAUCCUCGUCUCAAAGUGAAGAAUCUCUGUCGCCUAGAAGUCAAGAUUCUGAGCCGAUAAACGAAAAUGAUAAAACUUCAUCGAUUCCUUAUAAUCAUCGACGGGUCAUACCCGUUUCAAAACAGCUUAUGAUUUUGAGACAAAUGUGUAAACAGAAGAAUGAUCCAGCUCGCAACGAAUUUCUUACUCAUCUAUGCAAUUUCAUGGCUAGACGAGGACAACCGAUCUUUCGGAUGCCGACCAUAGCUAAAUCAACAUUGGAUCUUUACGAUCUAUAUAGAGAAGUGGUACAUCGUGGUGGUCUGGUCGAGGUAAUAAACCAAAACCAUUGGCAAGAAAUCAUCAAGAAUAUCAAUUUACCGACUAAAGUAAUUUCGAUUGGUUCCAAAUUGCGUGUACUGUAUAUUAGAUAUCUUUACGAUUACGAAUGCGAAUAUCUCAAUUUAUCGAAUAAAGUUCAACUCUUCGAAGCAAUCGAAUCUAUUCGUCGAAAAAGUAAUUCGACUGAUAAAAACGAGAAUCAAUCGAAAUCAUUAAAUACAGAGGAAGAACGGAGGCAAACACUUUCUUCUGAAUUAAUAGAAACAUCAGAAUUAAAAGAAACACAAGCUUCAACCUGGCAUGAGCCAAAACAAUUAAAGUCUAACGAUUUACCAUGUCAUUCGCAACAUCUAAAUCAAGAACCGAAUUCGUCGUUAAUGCUGCCUAAUUUGAUGUCAUCCAAUUUUGAUUCACGCGUAAUUAAACAGUCGACAGUAUCGACAAUGAACAAGGAAUCAAAUAAAAAAAAUAUGACAAAAGUAUCAUCGUUACAAGCUUUAUCGUCAAGCAUGAACCCAUCAAAAAAUCAUCAACAAUCUGUAACGAUAUCUUCUAACGAAACAAACACGGAUUUCAAUGAACAUCAACGAUUAAACUUUAUUAAACCUAAUAAUAAAAAUAGCGAUAAUCUUCCAACACAUAGUGGCAGUUCUACAAAACCAUCAUUACAAACACCAUCAAAAUUUCCAUCAAAAUCAAUAUUAAAUAUGCGAUUCAAUCCAAAAAAAGAAACAAAAAGCUUAAAUCUUAAAUCGUCUAGAGGUUCAUUGUCAUCUACCAAUAGUGAUAUUGCAAUAGUGAUAGACAUUAAUAAGGAUGAUGAACAAACACCACCCGUCAAAAAAAGACAUCUUGAUAAUAGCUCACCCACUGUCGAACGAAAUCUUAUAACAUCAACGCCUACUUGCAUCAAUAUACAAUGUCGAAAUCAAAAAAAAGAGACCGUACACGUCUGCCUAGAAAUACAAGGUAUCACUUAUCAAGGAAUCCUUUACGCAACGAAUAACUUGAAUCAGACAUUAACGACAUCGGUUAAUAACGAAAAUGACACUACACCGCAGAAAUUAAUGGAAUGAACAAAUAUACAUAAUAA